UUUCACACCCUUCUUCAAUUCUCUCUUGAACACUUUGAUAAUGUCUUCAUUACUCUUGUUUACUCUGGUGUUUUGCAGCCAAGUCAUGGCUGCAUUGAACACACCAUUGCCACCUCCAAGCUAUGGAGAUAAAGUUUCCAUUCUGAGCAUAGAUGGUGGUGGCAUCAGAGGAAUUAUUCCUGCCACUGUUCUUAUUCACUUGGACAACGCUCUUAAGGCAAAGGAUCCAACAACAUCGUUGGCACAUUAUUUUGAUGUGAUAUCAGGAACAAGCACCGGUGGACUCAUGGCUCUUAUGUUGGCAGCUCCAAACUCAUCUCACUCCCAUCGUCCUCUCUUCACUCCAUCACAAGUCGUACAAUUCUACAAGAAAAAUGGCCCUGAUAUAUUUCGUAGUCAUCAUCUUUUUCGUUGUCCCAAGUACGAUGGAGAGGCCUUAAGACAAAAAACUACUGAGUUAUUGAGGGAAACACGACUGAGUGAGACAUUGACGAACGUGGUAAUACCAACCUUUGACGAGAAGAAAAUCCAACCAGUUAUAUUCUCAAACUACAAGCUGAAGAAAGAAAGUCACUUGAAUGCGAAACUCUCAGAUAUAGGUCUUGGCACUUCGGCUGCACCAACUUUUCUACCAUCCCACGAAUUUGAGAAUGAUGGUGUUCAAUUUGAUUUGAUUGAUGGUGCUAUGGCUGCUAACAACCCAGCCAUGGCUGCUGUGAGUGAAGUGAUACAAGAACACCAUGGGGAAAAGGAAAUAUUGUUGCUGUCAUUAGGAACUGGAAUACAAAAAUCUAAGGACAAAUUAGGUGGGUACUUUGAUCUUGGAUGCCAAGCUUCAUGGCUACCUUGGCACAUUAAUACUAUCGGUGAAGCUAUAUACAGUACAGACAUGACUCAUUACUACCUUGCCACAAUCUUCCCUGCUCUCUUAUCUGCAGAUAACUAUCUUCGAAUUGAGGAGUAUAACCUGGAUCCAUCCAUGGCAGAAAUGGAUAAUGCUAAUAAGAAAAACAUGGAUAACCUUGAAAAGGUGGGAAAGGGCCUUUUGACUCAAAAAGUCAAGAGGAUAAAUGUGAAUACAUUUCUCCCAUAUGAACUCGACCAAACAAAUAUUCAAGCUCUUGACAGGUUGGCUGAGAAAUUAUAUGCAGAGAGGCAGUUGCGUCUGAAAAGGAAAUCUAUGGAAAAAGGAGGAAGAGGUUUCGUAGAAAGUGUUGAAGAUCUUUUCGAUGGAAUAAGAGCAACUUGAGUAUUAUGCUCUGUUUAUCCAUGUUUGUUGUAACAUAUGUGUGUUGUGUUGGAAUAAGGUUGAAUGGUUUGGAGUAACCAUGGAUCAUGUAAUAAUGUUCGAUGCUUUUCUGUUGAUGUAACUUAAUUGCUAGAACUGUGUAUUAUAAAAAGUGAUCCCUUGUUUGGUGCUUUUCUUUUUGUGGUUUGUAAGAUUUCCUUGUCCAAUAUUAUAAAAGAUGUGUUUAGUGGGUAUUA